CCUCGUCGCAUGUCUGACACCUGCCUGGUGUGGCUGCUGGGACUGGCGUUACGCCUGGCGCUCUCCUCGUGCCAACGCGCCGACCUCAGCGCCGCCAAGCACCCAAUGGUCACCACGGCUUACGGGAAGCUGCGAGGCGUGAGGAAGGAGCUUAACAAUGAGAUCCUUGGGCCGGUGGAGCAGUACCUUGGCGUGCCAUACGCCACCCCGCCUAUCGGCGAACGUCGUUUUCAACCCCCCGAGGCGCCGGGCUCGUGGCAGGAGGUGCGCAAUGCCACCCAGUUUGCUCCCGUCUGCCCGCAAAACAUCCACGGCGUCCUGCCUGAAAUCAUGCUCCCCGUGUGGUUCACCGACAACCUGGACGCUGCUGCGGCUUACGUCCAGAACCAGAGCGAAGACUGCCUCUACCUGAACAUCUACGUACCCACGGAGGACGGUCCGCUCACAAAAAAACACGAUGAAUCUUCACUGAACAGGCCGAGGGACGAAGACAUCCGUGAUCGUCGUAAGAAGCCUGUUAUGCUGUUUAUCCACGGUGGCUCUUACAUGGAGGGAACAGGGAAUAUGUUUGACGCCAGCGUCCUGGCCGCGUAUGGCAACGUUAUCGUGGUCACCAUGAACUACCGCCUGGGCGUCCUCGGUUUUCUGAGCACCGGAGACCAGUCCGCCAAAGGAAACUACGGGCUGUUAGACCAGAUUCAGGCCUUGCGCUGGCUGAACGAGAACAUUGGGCAUUUCGGGGGCGACCCGGAGAGGAUCACAAUCUUCGGGUCGGGCGCCGGAGCGUCCUGCGUUAAUCUGCUUAUCCUGUCUCAUCACUCGGAGGGCUUGUUCCAGCGGGCCAUUGCCCAGAGCGGCACAGCCAUCUCCAGCUGGUCGGUCAACUAUCGACCCCUCAUGUACACUAAGAUUCUAGCGCGGAAGGUGGGCUGCAGCUACACAGACACGGCCGACCUGGUGGACUGUCUGAGGAGAAAGAGUUUCAGGGAACUGGUGGACCAGGACAUCCAACCGGCACGGUACCACAUCGCCUUUGGGCCCGUGGUGGAUGGAGACGUGGUUCCAGACGACCCAGAGAUUCUCAUGCAGCAGGGAGAGUUCUUGAACUAUGAUAUUCUGUUGGGAGUGAAUCAGGGUGAGGGCUUGAAGUUUGUAGAUGACAGUGAAGGAGAAGAUGGCAUCUCUGCUGCAUCAUUUGAUUACACUAUCUCCAACUUUGUAGACAAUCUCUAUGGAUACCCAGAUGGUAAAAACAUACUUAGGGAGACCAUUAAGUUCAUGUACACUGACUGGGCAGACCGUGAUAAUGGGGACAUGAGACGCAAAACCUUGCUAGCCCUGUUCACAGAUCACCAGUGGGUGGCGCCAGCGGUCGCCACAGCAAAGCUACACGCUGAGUUCCAGUCACCUGUCUACUUCUACACCUUCCACCAUCACUGUCAGACGGAGGCCAGGCCUGAAUGGGCGGAUGCAGCGCACGGGGAUGAAAUCCCUUACGUUUUUGGUGUUCCCAUGGUUGGUGCCACCGACCUCUUCCCCUGCAACUUCUCCAAAAAUGAUGUCAUGCUGAGUGCUGUGGUCAUGACGUACUGGACUAACUUCGCCAAGACUGGGGAUCCCAACAUCCCAGUGCCGCAGGAUACAAAGUUCAUCCACACCAAACCGAACCGCUUUGAGGAGGUUAUCUGGACCAAGUUCAGCUCCAAAGACAAGCAGUACCUGCACAUAGGCCUCAAGCCUCGUAUUCGUGACAACUACCGGGCAAACAAGGUCGCUUUUUGGCUCGAGCUGGUGCCCCACCUUCACAAUCUUCACGAGGAGAUCAUCAACUCCAUUACCACGCGUCUCCCGCCAGGCAGUCCACAUUGGACCAACAGGAAAGGUACACCCCAACCUCCUGGCACCCGCUCCACCCGCCACCCCAUCAUCUCCACCUAUCCCCCUGAACCAGAUCCGGAAGGUUCCGAACCGCCCCGUUUCUCCCCUUUCCCCGACAACGCGCGGGACUACUCGACAGAGCUGAGUGUGACGGUUGCCGUCGGAGCCUCGCUCCUCUUCCUCAACGUGUUGGCCUUCGCCGCGCUCUACUACAAGCGCGACAAACGUCACGAGCUGCUGCAACGUCGUCACCGUCGCCUCUCGCCGCAGCGCGGGGCCGGAGGGGGCGUCGGCAUCGUGGGGGCUCCGCCCCACAACGACCUAGCCCUGAGCCAGGAGGAGGAGCUGAUGUCUCUUCAGAUGAAACAACAGAGGGUGGAGCUGGACCACGGCACGCCCCUACCUCCCCGCGGUCUCCACGGCGACCUGGAGCCCCUGAGACCGCCCGUCUGCCCACCGGACUACACGCUGGCGCUGCGGCGGGCGCCCGAGGACGUGCCGCUGAUGCCAGCCAUGAUCCCCAGCACCAUCACUGGCAUGCAGUCUCUUCAUGCCUUCAACACGUACCCUCCCGCCCCCGCCCCGGCCUCCAGCCACAGCAACAACGCUCUGCCCCACCAGCAUUCCACCACCCGCGUAUAG